AUGCUUUCUAUUGGUGAUCGAGUCAAAGUCGGUGUUGAUCGUGGGGUGGUAUGUUAUACUGGUGCGGUUGAAGGAUAUAGCGGUGACUGGGUUGGGAUCGAUUGGGAUGAUCCGUUGAGAGGAAAACAUGAUGGCACAUUGGAUGGAAAAGUAUAUUUUUGUGCAAGGUCUGCCAAAAGUGGUUCAUUUGUUCGACCUCAAGCAGUCAGUGUAGGAAGAAAUUUGCUGGAAGAAAUAGAAGAUAAGUAUGUCAACAACGGUCCCAGUGAUAAGAUAUAUGGGCGGAUAAACUUGCAUCAUACGAAUUUAAAUGUAUAUAAAAAACAGAGCAAUCCAUGGGCAUUAAAAACAAUCAUUGUUGAUGGCAUGAGAGUAGCGAGUGCUCCAUGUAAAAAUUGUUCACCAUUUACGAAUUGUACGGAACUGAAUUUGCAUAAUAAUUUACUCUCGCGAUGGUGUGAUUUGCUGGAUAUACUCUCUUUUUUCCCUUCAUUACGUUGCCUUCUUGCGAGCUGCAACCAUAUGGAACGGAGAAUGGAAUCAGUUGCUGAUGAUCGAGUAGUGACUGCUCCGCUUCAUACUUUAGCUUUUGGCGAAUGUUGUGUAGACGACGAAACUGCUAAAAAAAUCAUGUAUCAUUUUCCAUAUGUACGAAUAAUUUAUCUGGAUCACAAUAACAUUCAAACCUUCGAUCCUGGAGAAUUUGGCCAGAACUUGGAAUCCAUCGAUUUAGAAGGAAACCCAAUUAACGAUUUUUCUAACCUCCAAUUCUUAUCGACGUUACCAAAGCUUCAGAGUCUAAAUGUAGCUCAUUGCGGUUUUCGUGAUAUUCGGAUACCAGAUAAUGGAUUUAGUUCACUGUCUUCACUGAAUAUCAGCAAUAACCCAAUGGAUAAUAAACUAUGGGUUUUGGAGCUAGCUAAACUGCCUUCCUUGGAAAAGCUGAAUUAUACCAAAAAUAGUAUUGUUGACUCAGGAAAUGAUCUGAAUGAAAUUAUUAUUUCUGCUAUACCGCAGCUCAGGUUCCUUUGUCAUUCAGAAGUAACAUUACAAGAAAGAAGUUCUGCAGAAAUCUAUUUUCUCAACAAGUAUGGUGUGCCUCCAGUGGCACAUGAAUAUAAAUUUAUUAUUGAAAGACUGGUUAAAAUAUACGGUGAGCCACUGAAUCAUCCUUGCGCAUCAUACGGUAAGAUCGGUUUACUGAAAUUAAAGUUAUCAUGUGGAGGACAAGUGAUGGAACGUCUAUUUCCUGAUACAAUGACCGUACAGAGGUUAAUUGGUAUUAUAAGCAGACUUUUUCGUUUGGAUUCUAGGAAUAUCUCAUUGCAAUCGCAAGAUCAUUCUGGAUCAAUAAUGGAUCUGGAUAAGCCAUUACGGUCUUUGAGUUUUUAUUCAUUGUCAGAUGGUGAUACUAUUUGUGCCAUUGUUGCAUGA